UCGCGUGUCUUCGGCCUCAGAGUUUUGCAGCCGAGCCGCCACCUUCAUCGAGGAGCUGUCGUCCAUCUUUAAAGGUUCUACUCACCUGGAGCGAGCGAUGGAGGAGGAAUCGUCCUCGCCGGAUAGCGGAUAUCUGUCACCCGAGAGCCAACGGCCGGGUCCUCAGGGUCCUCAGGGUCCCCCUGCCGAGGCCUCCGGCCAGAAGGAGAGGACGGAGCGACCGGCCGGUCCGGAGGGGGCGCCGGCCCCCCAAGAGUGCCAAAAAACUGGCGGGGUAGCGCCGGGAGCGUCGGAACCCCUGUCACCGCCGUGCUUCGUGCAGAAGCUGAAGAGUCAAGAGGUGGCGGAGGGCAGCCCCAUUCGUCUGGAAUGCCGAGUCAGCGCAAACCCGCCGCCGCUCAUCAGGUGGUUCUGCGAGGGUCGCGAGCUGCACAACUCCCCCGACAUCCACAUCUGGCGAGACGACGAGCUCCACACGUUGGUGAUCGCCGAGGCCUUCGAGGACGACACGGGACGCUACACCUGCGUGGCCUCCAACAACCUCGGGGCCGACAACACCUCGGCCGAGGUUUACAUCGAAGGAGCGUCGUCAUCCGACUCCGACGGAGAAGGCUGGCCGUCGAAGUCCCGAUCGGGAAGUAUGCCUCUCCUACAGAAGAAAACGACUUCCAUGUCCCUGACGAUCCGCCCGCCGUCCCCCAAAACCCCGGAGGUGCCGCCUCACCGCUCCACGCUGGUCCAGUCGCUGUCGCAGCCUCCGCAACGGAUGCAGAGUCCGCUGUUGUCGCUGUCCGGCGCCGAAGGAUCGACUCGGCCUACGUUCACAAAACUGCUGCAGGACACCCAGGCGUCCGAGGGUCAGGCGGUGGUUCUGGAGUGCAGGGUCCGCGGGGGCCCGCCUCUGCAGGUCAGGUGGUACCGCCGAGGCGAGCAGAUCCUGGACUCCCCGGAUUUUCGGAUCCUCCAGAAAAAGCCUCGCUCGGCGGCCGAGUCAGACGAGAUCUGCACCCUAGUGAUCGCUGAGGCCUUUCCGGAAGACGGGGGCCUGUUCUGCUGCGCCGCCUCCAACCCGUAUGGUUCCGUGAACAGUUCCGCCAAGCUGACCGUCACAGCGGGAGCCGAGGACUCUUCCUCCAGUAACGGCGUCUCUGGAGACGGCGCUGCGCUGGAGAAUGGGCCAUCGUUCACCCCACCGCUGCCCCCGCCCACCGAGAUCAGCCUGCUGGAACUGCCACCCAAGAUGGCGCCUCAGGAAGUCGAGCUGUGGCCUCCAGAGGCCGAGGAGACGCCGGAGGAGACGAUUUUCGUCCCCAACGGCCAACCCUCCUCUCCGCCGUCUCCACCUGCAGAACCCGUUGCGCCGCCUCCGCUUCCUCCACCACCUCCACCGUCUCCCCCACCGCGAUCUGCCCGUACUCCCAUCCAGAUCCCGUCAGACUCACCUCCCACCCCCGGAAAGCUGUCUCCCUCCCCCGCGAGGGAGGCCCCGCCGCUCCCCACCAAGCCCAAACCGAAGCUUAACGCAUCCCAGCUGAAGCAGCUUCAGGAGCAGAUUCUGUUGGAGCAGCAGGAAGCCGCCAUCUGGCAGCAGCAGCAGCAGAACCAGGAAGUCCCGCCUCCUCCGCAGGAAGUGAUCCAGUCCGACUCCCCGUCUCCGCCCCUCCCUCCUCCUCCUUCCUUCCAGGAGCUGGAGACCAGCGCCACCAUGCAGGCGAGCACCUUCAACUACGCCCGGCCCAAGCAGUUCAUCGCCGCCCAGAACUCCGGCGGCGGCGGGUACGCCACCCACUCCUCGGGGUCCUCGGGCUCAAGCCUGUCAUCCCCCCUGUCCCCACCGGCCUCACAUAAAGCCUUUGUCAAGUUGGCAACGCCACCGCCGCCGUUCUCCCAGGGCGUGGACUCGCCCGGCUCGCCCUCCUUCCCGCCCCCGCCGCCACCCUUUUUAGCAUCUGCCAACUUGCUUUCGCCGUCAGGCGGCGGCCAAGACUUCCUUCCUCCGCCACCCCCGCCCCCGCCGCCUCCACCUCCGCCGCCCGCCUGCGUCUCCCCGACCCUCUCGGACGCGUCGUCGCCCUUCUCGUCCGUCCCGCCGUCGCCGGCCUCCCACUUCCUGUCCUCGGUGCUGCCGGCCACGCCCACCGCCCCCGCCGGCCCCGCAGUCAACGCGCUGGGCCUCCCCAAAGGCAACGGCACAGUCAAAGCCUUCCCCAAGAAGUCGCCGACCACCCGCACUCCUCGCAUCGCGUCCGACUCGGACAUCCAAGGCUCCAAGGACGCCGUCAUCCAGGACCUGGAGAGGAAGCUGCGCUUUAAGGAGGAGCGCGCCAGCAACGGCCAGCAGAGGCUAACGUACGAGGAGAAGAUGGCUCGCAGGCUUCUGGGCGCCGACAACGCGGCCACGGUCUUAAAGGCGCAGGACGCCGAAGAGGAGCCCCCCAUGCAGGAGUAUAAGGUGUCCAGCUUCGAGCAGCGGCUCAUCAGCGAGAUCGAGUUCCGCCUGGAGCGCUCGCCCGUGGAGGAGUCGGACGACGACGUGGAACACGAAGACGGGCCCGCGGGGGGCCGCGGGGCGGCGCCCUCCUUCCUCAGCAAGCUCAAACACUACAAAGUGUUCGAGGGGAUGCCCGUCACCUUCAGCUGCAAGGUGCACGGCGACCCCAAACCCAAGGUGUACUGGUUCAAAGACGGCAAGCAGAUCUCCAAGCGCAGCGAGCACUACCGCAUCGGCCGCGCCGCCGACGGCACCUGCACGCUGCGCACGGCCGCCGCCUCCCUCGACGACGACGGCAACUACACCGUCAUGGCGGGAAAUCCAGAGGGCCGCGUGAGCUGCACGGGCAGGAUGAUGGUGCAGGCCGUCAACCAGCGAGGGCGCAGCCAGCGAUCGGCGCCGGGCCACACGCGCAGGCCCAGGUCGCGCUCCCGGGAAAGCGGCGACGAGAACGACGGCAUCCAAGAGCGCCACUUCCGCCCGCACUUCCUGCAGGCGCCCGGCGACAUCGUCGUGCAGGAGGGACGGUUGUGCCGCAUGGACUGCAAGGUGAGCGGCCUGCCCACCCCGGACCUGCUGUGGCAGCUCAACGGCCAGACGGUCCGGCCCGACUCGGCCCACAAAAUGCUGGUGCGCGAGAACGGCGUCCACUCGCUGGUCAUCGAGCCCGUCAGCGCCCGCGACGCCGGCGUCUACACGUGCGUCGCCAGCAACCGCGCCGGGCAGAACUCCUUCAACCUGGAGCUCAUCGUCGCAGCCAAGGAGAUGCACAAGGCGCCGUCGUUCUCGGAGAAGCUCCAGAACACCAGCGUGGCGGAGGGCCACCCCGUGCGGCUGGAGUGUCGCGUCAGCGGCGUCCCGUACCCGCAGAUCUUCUGGAAGCGCGAGAACGAGUCGCUCACGCACAACACCGACAGAAUCAGCAUGCACCAGGACAACUGCGGCUACCUGUGCAUGAUCAUCCAGCCGGCGAGCAAGGAGGACGCCGGAUGGUACACCGUGUCGGCCAAGAACGACGCCGGGAUCGUGUCCAGCACCGCGCGCCUCGACGUGCACGCCCAGUGGCAGCAGCCGAGCACGCCCAAAGCGAAGCCGCUGCGCCCGUCCAGCAGCCGCUACGCCGCCCUGACGGAGCGCGGCCUGGACGUCAAGGCGGCCUUCUUCCCGGACUGCAGCCCCCUGCCGCCCGGUUCCCUCGUGGAGAGCGACGACCUGUAGGGGGCGCAGUCGACACCCCCCCCCCCCCCUUCAAGCGACUGGAAAGUGCGAGAUGGAGAAGUUGUCGAGAUGUCGCGAGAGCGAGGCCGGACCUUCGAGGAAGUCGGGUGUCGGUUUUUGGGUCAGGAAAAACAAAUUGUUGCCGUUUCUGUUAAGACAUGAACGCUUUUCAGUGUCACAAAUCGUCCAGAUUAUUUUUGUAUUUAAAAAAAAAAAAAACUUAUUUCCAUAUCUGACGUUUCAUCAGCUUAUAUCACAACACUUUUUCUUUUGCAUGUGAUCGUGGACACUCGUAUGUUUGCACAGUGCCUAAACGUCAUUUACAAUCUUUCUUAUCAUCCGCUUGUUAUGAUUAAUAUUAAUCCAUCAUCAAGCGAGUUUUUUUUUCCAUGGCCUGCCAUCCCUGUAUAUGGAUUCUUCUCCGCCGCCGAUAUUAUUUUAGUUCAUGAAAGGUGCAAAUAAAGAUAAAUCUUUUAACAA